GAAAAUUGUAGUUAAGAAAUGGAAGGGGCAUUUAAGAAGGAUUCUGAGGAGUUAGUUCAGAAGUCACUUCAAAUUAGGAGAAAUUGGCUAAGUACUGAGGAAUAUCAAAAACUUACAAGUCUCUUAAAAGACCAAGAAAAUCUUGAGUAUUAUAUUUCUCUUGUCAUCUCUGAGAUGGAGAAAAGCAUGACCGAGAGAUUGAAGGAAUUUUAUUCUGAAACAGAAAAGCCUGAGAUUCUCGUAUCAUCUCCUAUAGAGCUAGAAUUUAGGCCUCUCACCCACAUUGAAGAUGAUAAGGUCUACUUUGGCCAAUGGAGAAAAAAGACUGGCCAAAUAGAAGGAAGAGGACUAUUGAAAACUACAGAUAAUGAGUUUUAUCAAGGAUCAUUCGACAAAGGGAUAUUUGAAGGAGAUGGAUUCUUGAUGAAAGAAUUUUAUAAUUCAUGCUACAGAGGAGAAUUCAAAGAAGGUAAUUUUGAAGGAGAAGGAUUCUUAUUCAAUUCUGCCGACGUCUUCCACAAAGGAGGAUUCAAAAAUAAUUUGUUCCAUGGCUUUGGAGUUCAAGGCUUGAGAGGCAGAACUUUUGAAGGAUACUUUGUCGAAGGCAAAAGAGAAGGCCAUGGGAGAUAUAGUACUGAACCAGGAACUUAUUUUGAAUGUGACUGGAAGAAUGACUCUCAUGAAGAUUACAUUGUUUGAAAUUGGGCAAAUGGGGCUCAAUAUUUUGGGGAGUUUAAGAAUUAUAAGAAAGAAGGAAAAGGACAUGUUGUCAAAGCAGAUGGUGCAAGAGCGGUAGGAACUUGGGUAGAGAGUGAAUUUGAAUCAGGAAUAUAUACUGACUCAAAAGGAAGAGAAUUUAAAGUACCUGAUGAAAAACCAGCUGAUGAAAUUUAA